UUCUACAACAACAGCUGGUCAGACACUUGCUAGACAACAAAGCCGAAACAUUAAAGCUAUUUAGACUGCUCCGGUGUAUUACUAGCUAUGUUUUAAACACACUUCUGUCGUAUCGACUUGUUAUCCCAUUUAAUUUCAUAUUCAUGCCUACGUUGUUUAGUUACCGUAGUCAUCUACCCGUCUGGUUAAGAUAGCAGUAGCUCCAGGCUAAUCGUUAAUGCUAACUAGUUAGCAUCUCCGACCAUGAGUUCACUGAGCUGCUCUCCUCCUGAUAAAGAAGAGGAGGUCUGCUGGACGGAUAAAGAGGGUCUGUGGCUGAAUGUUGUUGUAAAAGAGGAGAAGGAAGAGGAGGCUGUCACAGUAACAAAAGUAGAGGAUGAGGAUGUUGCAGUGAAAGAAGAGGAAGAUGAGUUCAGAGUGAAAGAGGAGGAAGAUGUUACAAUAAAAGAAGAGGAAGAGGGGGAGGAUGUUACUGUGAAAGAAGGGGAAGAGGUGGAUGCAGUUUUUGGAGUGAAAGAGGAGGAGGGUGAGAUUACCGUUACAUUGGGGGAGGAGGAACAGGAAGAGAAGACCGGAGAUCUGAUUAACACCAGAGAGAGACCAGACUCUCCCUCUGACAGCGGGAAGAGUCCUUCAGGGGAACCAGACCCAGAGACGCCCAAACCAGGGAGACAACACCACUGCUCCCUCUGUGGAAAGAGUUUUACUAAGUUGGGCAACCUGAAAGCACAUGAGAUUAUACACACAGGAGAGAAGCCUUACCACUGCUCCCAAUGUGGAAAGAGUUUUACCUGGAUAGGAAACUGGAAAACACACGAGAAAAUACACACAGAAGGGAGGAAGACUUUCCACUGCUCCCAAUGUGGAAAGAGUUUUACCAAGUCAGGAUCCCUGAAAAUGCACGAGAGAAUACACACAGGUGAGAAACCUUACCACUGUUCCUAUUGUGAAAAGAGUUUUAGGUGGUUGGUGACCAUGAAAACUCACGAGAAUACCCACACAGGAGCAAAGCCAUACCAAUGCUCCCUGUGCGGAAAGAGUUUUACCCAGCUAGGAGGCCUGAAUAGACAUGACAGGACACACACAGGAGGGGAUAAGACCUACCACUGCUCCCACUGUGGAAAGAGAUUUAACCGGUUAAGGCAUCUGAAUAAGCAUGAAAGAAUACAUACACAGGAGGAGAAGACAUACCACUGCUCUCAGUGUGGAAAGACAUUUUCCCAGUUAGAGGAUCUGAAAUCACACGAGAGAAUAGAGAGGCUGUGUUCUGACUUGUGUUUUUGACCUGAGAAUUUAGUUUUUUGUUUAUGGGCCAUUCCACUGUAACGGAGUGAUGCUGAGACUCACGUUUCCACUUUAAAAUGUAUGCCAAGAAAAAAAAAACAUUGAUUGCAAAGUUUAAACAAACAAUACACCUACAGAACCAGUCAAAAGUUAGGCCACGCCUACUCAUUAAAGGGUUUUUCUUUCAUUUUUGCUAUUUUCUACAUUGUAGAAUAAUAAUGAAGACGGUCAAAACUAUGAAAUAACACACAUGGAAUCAUGUAGUAACCAAAAAAGUGUUAAAACAACUCUAAAUAUAUUUUAGAUUCUUCAAAGUAGCCACCUCUUUGCCUUGAUGACAGCUUUAGACACUCUUGGCAUUCUCUCAACCAGCUUCACCUGGAAUGAUUUUCCAACAGUCUUGAAGGCUUUCCCACAUAUGCUGAGCACUUGUUGGCUGCUUUUCCUUCACUCUGCUGUCCAACUCAUCCCAAACCGUCUCAAUUUGGGUUGAGGUCGGGUGAUUGUGGAAGCCAGGUCAUCUGAUGCAGCGCUCCAUCACUCUCCUUCUUGGUCAAAUAGCUCUUACACAGCCUGAAGGUGUGUUUUGGGUCAAUGCCCUGUUGAAAAACAAAUGAUAGUCCCACUAAAUAAAUCACUGACAGAGUCACCAGCAAAGCACCAUCACACCUCCAAGCUUCACUGUAGGAGCCACACAUGCGGAGAUCGUCCGUUCACCUACUCUGCGUCUCACAAAGACACAGCGGAUGCAACCAAAAAUCUCACAUUUCGACUCAUCAGACCAAAAGACAGAUUUCCACCGGUCUAAUGUCCUGUGUUUCUUGGCCCAAGCAAGUCUCUUCUUCUUAUUGGUGUUCUUUAGUAGUGGUUUCUUUGCAGCAAUUCGACCAUGAAGGCCUGAUUCACACAGUCUCCUCUGAACAGUUGAUGUUGAGAUGUGUCUGUUACUUGAACUCUGAAGCAUUUAUUUAAGCUGCAAUUUCUGAAGCUGCACUUGAAGUUUCAAAGUUCUUGAAAUUUUCCGGAUUGACUGAGCUUCAUGUCUUUAAAGUAAUGAUGGACUGUCUUUUCUCAUUGCUUAUUUGAGCUGUUCUUGCCAUAAUAUGGGCUUGAUAUUUUACCAAAUAUCUUCUGUUUCCAACCCCUGGCUUGUCACAACACAACCGAUUAACUCAAACUGAUUAUGAAGGAAAGAAAUUCCACAAAUGAGCUUCUAACAAGGCACACCUGUUAAUUAAAAUGCAUUCCAGGUACCUCAUGAAGCUGGUUGAGAGAAUACAUAGAGUGUGCAAAGCUGUCAUCAAGACAAAGGGUGGCUACUUUGAAAAGUCUAAAAUAUAAAUAUAUUUGUUUCACACUUUUUUGGUUACUUCCUCAUGUGUUAUUUCAUCAUUUUGAUGUCUUCACUAUUAUUCUACAAUGUAGAAAAUUGUAAAAAAUAAAUAAAAUAAAAAACCUUGAAUGAGUAGGUGUGCCCAAACUUUUGAUUGGUGCUGUACAUUUAUUUAUUUUAUAGACCUAGAUGCGUAUUUUGAUAUUAUCUGUCUGUUUGACUGAAUGAAUCAGAAAUUGCUUUUAAUGUAGAUGUUUAGUUUGUGUGAAGUUUGUUUUAAAUUCUCACUCAUUAAAAUUCUGAACUAAUCAA